UUUUACCUCAGUCACGAAACAACAGUGUCUGUCAAAGUGACAUCGUGACCUUUAUUUUGAAAACCCGUCACCGGAAACACUAUCGUAAACGCUCCGGUUACCUUGACACCGAUCUCUGCUGGAGCAGCGGAGCGGCAGCGCGGAGGGGCCCCGGUCGUUUUCCAAUGCUGGUGAGCCGGGAAGCAGGAACCGCGGGCGGCGGAGAGGCGGCUGCCGGGCCGCCGGGUCCGCCGAGCCAGGCACACCGGGAGGAGGAGGAGGAGAAGGAGGAGGAGGAGGAGACGCCUCCCGGCCGCGCAGGGUGUCGUCUCACCGGCCUGGUCAACUGGAGGCAGAGACCGUGCAGGACUUCAGCCCUGUUUGCUGCAGCCAACACGGUGUUCUGGUUUGUGGCCUUCGGUUCUUUCAGAGCCUACAGCCUCCUGGCCGUCCUGCUGGCUGUGCUGGUCAUCACAGUGAUGGUCAGAGACUUCGCUCGGUCCAGAUACACAGGAGCUCACUUAUGGCGUAGCAUGACUGCAAGCUGGGAGAUCAUUGACUCAGGCCAGGAUAGCCGGUCUGGGACUGGACCUCAGUUCAGCGACUCCCUCAAACUUUUCCUCCAGGAGACAUCGGCUUUCAAACAGCAAAACCCAGGCAAGUUUUGCUUGCUGGUUUGCAGUUUGUGCACCUUCUUUGCUGUCUUAGGACGCUACAUUCCAGGGAUUGUCAUCUCAUAUAUUCUAGUGUUGGGCAUUUUCCUGUGGCCUCUGAUUUCAUUUCAUGAGGUUGGUUUGUGGCUGGAGCCAGUUCUGCAGAAGCUGGACUUUGGCAUUGGGCAGUUCCUUCAGAAAAUCAAAGAGAAUCAUGAGAAGAGAAUCAUGCAGGCUCAGACCGAGAAGGAGGGCAUCGAAUCAGACCUCUCCUCCAUGUUUCCCAAGCUCGACUCUGCAGUGUGUAAGGAAAUGUCUGUAUCGGACACAGAGGUGUCUGAUGUGACGUGGACGGACAACGGUACUUUCAACUUGUCAGAAGGACACACACCACAGACUGAAAACUCAGAGGACCUCGACAGAGAAGAAGUGUUCACUGGUGGCCUUCCAGAAUUCCCUUCACUUGACAACGGCACGACGACCAAUGGUGACGAUGACGAUGACCUCAGCCUGGGCCUUCCCUUUUCGCCAACUCAUCCCCAGCAGUCAAUCAAAUCCAAGCAAACACUUCUUUCUCACAAAGACCAACCGACCGACAAAGCCCUCGAAUUGGUCAAUCAGAUUGCGGGAGACUUCAUCACUGCCGCGGUCACAGCUGCCAUCCAGGAGAGGAUAGAAGCAGCAGUUGGAUUCACAGCGCCGAGUAACAUCCCGGAGCGGCCAAGACUCCCAGAAUCCACCAGGCUGCUGGAGCUGGCCGAGGAGUCGGACAGCGAGGUGGAGGACUUUGAGCUGCUGGACCAGUCGGAGCUGGAGCAACUGGAGGGGGAGCUGGGGCUAGGAGAGGAGAAGGCCCAGGCCAAAGAGGAGGCACAGGCCAAGAGCGACAAGUCAGCCUCAACUGGAUUCUUCACCAAACUCCUGAGACGCCACUGAUUGAUGAAAAGUUCGGUCGGCAUGGGAGAAGAAGGGGUUAUAGAGGACAUGUGGAGAGGAGAUGGGGGUGUUGUGGUUACAGGGGACUGUUCAGAACUGUGAGAAAAUGUUUCCAUUUACCUUUUUCCUGUAGUGCUAACAUCAUUUCAAAACUGAUCAGUCAGUGAAAUGUGAAGGUGGAAGUGAUGUCGCUAUUCAGAAUCAUCCCAGCCUAAUGCCGAGAUCAGACUACACAAUAUCAGCCUGCUAAUGGCCUGACCUGAUGAAUGAAAAUAAGCUUUGAGAGCUGAGAGUCUUAUAUUAAAAUGUUAGGUUGGUUCAAGUCUGGAAUUGAUUUAGAGAUAAAUCCAGAUAACAGGUCAGUUCCAGGGCUGAGCUUUGCGGAUGUGCGUCAAGUUUGCAAAACUGGAAACGUGCAAGACGAAGACUGUCCGCACAUUUUGCAAGGUUCUUAAAUUUUUUUUAGAUUUCUUAGUUUUUUGGUGCACAAAAAAAUGUUAAUUGUGUGUUAACAUGUGGCUAAUGUCUCUGCCACCUUACUGGUUACCUACUUUAUGUACAUCACAGAAGUUGACGAUGAACAAUUUAUGACUCUACGAUAACCUAAUCUGACAGUGACAAAAUUAUUGUGUAGUCUGAUCUUGGCAUGAAAGGUGGUUGUUUGGUUGAAGGCUAAAAUCCUGCUUGUGGUUUUAAUCAAUUGCUGUGGUUACUUUUGUCUUUUUAAAGCAACUUUUAUCAUAUUUGGUCACAUCAGUUUAGUAUCUAAAGUAAAAGUAAAAUAGGCUUAAAGUAACAUGAUAACAAUAAAUGUGCUCUGAAACUCCCUCUGAACUGGAGGGAGGGAAAACUGAAAUUUGACAAUCUCUGAAGUAAGACAAAAACAAAACCAGUGUAACUGCAGCAAAAUGUAUAUGAGGUGAUAUUUUGGGAAAAGCAAGUGGAAAGACUUUCUGUUAUAUAUUAUUAUAUUAUUACAACUGACUGGCUUUAAUUCCAGCUCACAACACACCUAACAUUCACUCCAAUGCUGAAUUGAUUAAUCGAACUACAUUACCCAGAAUUCCACAAAAAUCAACCUAAAUGACAAUCACUGGGCAGUCAAAUCAUCUUUAAUGCUAAAUACUGCUACUGGUUGGAUAGUUGACAAAUUAGAAGUAGGAAACUUUUAUUUUAUAUUAUUUUUUAAUUAUUUUCUUUUUAAAUUUUAUAUGUAAGUUUUUUUUUUUCCAUGACACACAUCUGUAGUUGAGAGACUUUUAUUUCAUUACAACAUGCAGCAGGUUUCUAAAUACUAUGCAUGGAAAUCUCUUUUUGAGACAUAAAUAUAUUUAAACAUAAACAUUUUACUUCCAGGGCUUUUUCACAUUUCAUUGUGGAUUAGUGGUGCAGAGUCUUCAGUGAGCUCAGAGAAGAAUUACUUUGCAUUCACAUGAUCCUCUAACCAGUGAAAAGUUAGAAGAUGAAUUUACAAACCAAAUUUUGAUUUUGAUAUGUCAAAUGUGACUAUGGUCAUUGUUGUUGAAAUCUAAAACAUUUACCAGGCUCACAGUUUGCUGAGUGGUUUGGCCUCUAGCUGAGUACUGUAUCCUAACAAAAAUGUAAACAUCAGUUACUCGUGUACUGGCUUCUUCACUCAGUGAUAACGGCCUGUUUAAAGCUGCAUUUAGCAACUAGACUUAUAUUUGCACUGUGCCCGGUAUCACCUGGUUUCAGCCCUUUAUCUGUUCGCUUCUCUCCUCCUCUCUGUGCUCACGCAGUAUUUUAAUACAGCCGGAUUCUGAAACUGAAACUGUUUGCAGUUGCGUGUUUUUCUGUUUCUGUUGUCAGACAGCAGAACAAAUAUGGAAUAGUGACUGAAAACGAAGCCCACCCAGGAGUCACUGCCAAGCCAUUUCCAAGCUGUGACACCAUUUGAUAAAUCACCAGACUCAUAAGUUAAAGUCGAUGGCCGUGCUGUGAUUUCAGCUUUAUUUACAUGUAAAAUGAAACGACAGAAUAUCUUUCUUAUUUUGUCCCUUACACAGCCUUGGCCAGCCAACCAUGAUGUCAUGACUCAGUCACGCAGCAUUCGGCCGACCAAUGGCGUAACGUCUUCAAUUAGUCAGUAUAAGACAGGCCCUUCUGUUGUGAGCACUAAGCCUUGUGGUUUUACCAGCUACUUCCAGGCCAUAACAUACCUGAACACCUUGACUGCAACAGAUCCAACCCUUGCACUUGAAUAGCUUAACUCAUGUUUCCUGGGGUUAUUAAGUUAUGCAAGAUUUAAUUUACCAACUCAACAAUGUGUGGUAUAUCUGCCCUCUUAACAUUCAGACCAAAAAACAGAACUGUGCUGAAUAAAAACAAGGCCACAAGGUGGCUAAAUCUGACUGACUGAGGACAGAGAGAGACAAUCCAAAAACAGUCUAAACUACAAACUGACAUGACACAACCAUACUUCCAAAUUAGACCCAAUCCUAAAUGUAGACAGCCUUAACAAACCCAGACAGAGAGAGAACAAGCAGUGUCACUGUCCGUCAGUUAACGAGCUACAAUGGUCAAAAUCAACACAUCAUACGUCAUUCUUCCUGCAUUUAACGGCUCACACUCUCCCUCUGCCUUUAAGAACAUAUUUUCUCCCAUGAAGAUGACGCACCAUGUGGUCAAGACUGAUUUAUAUUCUGCAUGAAUCCUCUUGGUUAUUAGACAAGACAAGUAGUAAUAGAACAAGAUUCUAUCUGAUCUGAUUAGACUAAAUCUGGCUCUGUUAAGUCUCGGCUACUCUGAGCCAAGUGAACCUCUGAAGGCCUCUGCUCCUCCCGUCACAGCAUGAUCUGAAAUUACAUUCAGGAUAAAGUAAAAUGUAUUUUUAGAGCACUGGAAGUAAAAUGUUGUGAGAUGGCGUAUUUCCGUUUGCACCUUAAUUAUUAUAGAACAAUGCAAGUCUGCUGUGUCAACCAUCACUCGUGGGUUCACUGAAUGAAGAAGAAUGACUGAACUGUUUCUUUAACAUGCCUUGUACAUUAAGAGACAUUGUUUUUAUAAUAAAGACACACAGCAAUGUUUAAUGUAUCCUCUUGAAUUAAUCAUGUAAUGCCUUGUGCUAGCUUAACUGUAAAGAUGAAUAGAAGUAUCUGUUUACCAGUGCCUAAGAGGACUUUGUAGUGGCUGCAAUUCAUUUUUAGCUCACAUGUAACGACUGUAUAAGACAAAGACAACUUCUGAGUAACAGCUGAGGCAGGUUCAGACUUCACUAGGCUUCACUCUUUUUAAAACUUUAGUAAACUGAUGGAAAGCUUCAUUUUUUUCCAUUAACCUUCCAGUUGUAUCAAGGUGGUUUCCAUAUAGUUGCCUAAAAGUGUGAAAUUCUUUAAACCAGUUUCAGAAAGAGGUCGGUGGGUCAGAACCAAAAUGCAUUAACAAAAUGUACUUUUAUGUAAUUAAACUCAAGAAUGUCAAUAAAGUGUUGUAACGCA